UCAAAGAUGACAAGUUUAAUACUUGCUGGUCUUGGAGUAGCAGGAACUGCGUUUGCAGCUCGAUUUGCUGUGCAGGCGUUUAAAAGAAUAGAUAUGAAUGCUAUACCUAAAGUAAUCCCAAAAUUACCGACGUUUUCUCAUUAUUAUCGUGGAGGAUUCGAAUCUAAAAUGACAAAGAGAGAAGCAGCUCUUAUUCUUGGAGUAAGCCCCUCUGCUAAUAAAGUAAAAGUAAGGGAGGCCCACAGAAGAAUCAUGUUAAUUAACCAUCCAGACAGAGGGGGAUCCCCAUACUUAGCUGCCAAGAUAAACGAAGCCAAAGACUUAAUUGAAGAUUCAAAAUGAUUACAGUUAGGUAAACAGUCGACAACCAUUGUGCGUGAUGAUGUAUAUAACUUAUUUUAAAUGUAUUGGUUGCCAUUGCGAAUUCAGAUGGAAUUGCAUUCAAAUCAUAUCCUUUCUGGUUUUCUUCUUUUUACUUUAAUUAUCACUUUAAUUAAAAAUAACUACAUUUCAAACCCACCUAAUACACAUACAAUUAAUUGAUGGUUUUCAACCAUUCCCAAAAGAAUUAGAUAACAAAAGACAAGGUGGCCAUAUUGGAGGAUAUAAUAAAAGAAUUCAUUGACAAUUCUUUUGUUAAGUUCCUUCAACAUGGCCUCGGUGAAAACCAUCAAUACAGAGGUUAUCUUAAACCUUCAAAUUAUAUCAAACCCUGAAACAAACCUGGGUCUCAAAGUCAAGGCAAGGGAUAACUCACAGAUUGYAUUUGAGUUUAGAGUUAGGUUUUGUACAGGGAGGAAAACCAGAGAACCAGCCAGAGAAAAAUCCUCGAUAUAAUAAUUUUUUAAUCUUUAUUGCAAAAUACUGUAUAGAAUGAAAUUUAACAACAAAAAAGCAUGAGGAAAAAAGUAAAAUGCUACAUCUAACAAAGGCAAUUUCCUAUAAAGCUUUAAAGCGUGACAUUAAUAUUCAUCAUUUUAAAUAAAAAAGCAGUUUUAUCAAGAUUUUUUAACAUUUUCUUCACUAUGGGAUUUUUUUUCAAGGUUAUAAUUGUUUCAGGUUGAGGUUAAGUAAUUGAGAACAUUCUUCACUUGAUUUUGGCAGUUUUCAUAAUCAGUUGGACCCGGAAAUACAUUGCAACUUAAAAGCUCUAUAUUCAUAUAUAAUCAUAGUUAUUAUGCAAAGAAGUUGUUAUAUAACUUCUUUUUAAAAAGUGAAGGGCUGUCUUGACUUCAUCAAGUGCUUUAAGCUUCUCAUUCAUGUCGAGUCCAUUCUGGAUUUUCCUGCAGUUCUUUCAUACUGAUAUCCAUUUCAUCUUCAGUAAGAUCUAAAUAUAGUUAAAUAGGAAUGAAGUAUGAAUUACAUUCAAUUCUUGGUAUGAAAAAAUAAGAUUUUUUAAGGGAAAUAUUCAUUUCUAAUUUACCAGUUUCUUCUUUAAGGUGCAUUUUCUUCAGCAGAGAUUGGAUGCUUGUGACAGUAUCUUUGGCUGGAACCUUUACAAUUCCCUUGUUGACUUCACAGAAGUGUAAAAACCUAAAGUAAAAUAAUAAUUGGAUGAAAAGGAAAUAAAUUUUUGGGACUCUAAA